AGAGCUGGCAUUGGAAUGAGGAGGCUCCACCCAUCGCUCCGGAGCGAGUGGCUCCCGUCGCUCCUGUUGCUGUGUGUUUGAGGAGAGGGCGAGAGAGGAGAGCACAGCCGCUGCUCAAAUGGCUGGAACGGGUUGUCUGAAUUUGCAGAUUUUUAUGCCAUUAGACUAGUUUGUGGCUUCGAUAGCGCUCUAUAUAUGGGCGACUUCUCGGUCACUAACGAGCUCUUUAGCCGGCUUUUAGUUCAGAGCUCAAAGUAAUUCGGGGAUCGAGUCCCAGUGAAGGCUGCGUCUGACAGGUGCGCACAGUGCGCAGAGAGGAUGGGCAGACGUGAGGCAGACAACAGAGGCGCAAUGAACACCAGCCACCAAUCUGAGCUCGGUUGUCUGCAGGACGCGGCAUCCAGCGACCACCGUGCCGGCGAGGAGUCCUCGAAGCUGGGCAGCCGCCGUCCCUGCAGCACGGACAAGCGCCAGAGAAACCCAGACAUGGAGGCGGUGGGCCGGGCACCGACCGCCACAGCGGCGAUGGAAGUGAAGAAGCACCUGCACAAACACAACUUGAAAAACCGCUAUGAGGUGAUGGAGACUCUGGGGAAAGGCACGUACGGCAAAGUGAAGAAGGCGGUAGAGAGAGCAAGCCUGAAGACAGUGGCGAUCAAGUCAAUUCGUAAGGAGCGCAUCACUGACGACCUGGACAGAAUUCACAUCCAGAGAGAGAUUGAGAUCACUGCCAGGCUCAGGCACUCCAACAUCAUACGCUUCCAUGAGGUGUUUGAGAGCCGGGAUAAGAUUGUCAUAGUGAUGGAGUACGCCAGCAGGGGAGAGCUGUACGAUUACAUCCAGGAGAGGAGGCGACUGCCAGAAACAGAAGCCAGAAUCAUCUUCAGACAGAUCACAUCUGCUGUCCACUACUGCCACAAGAACGGUGUUGUGCAUCGAGACCUCAAGCUGGAGAACAUUCUUUUAGAUCAAGAAUUGAACGUAAAGCUGGCUGACUUUGGCCUUUCCAAUCACUUCCAGAGGGGUACUCUGCUGCAGACCUACUGUGGAAGUCCACUCUAUGCUGCCCCAGAGAUAGUGAAAGGACUGCCCUACCAGGGACCAGAGGUGGACUGCUGGGCGCUAGGGGUGUUGCUAUAUGCCCUGGUCUACAGCAGUAUGCCAUUUGAUGGAGCCAGCCACACCACACUCACAGAGCAGAUCAGCCAAGGUCGCUACCGCAGACCCAAUCCCCCCUCAGACGCCUGUGCUCUUAUCGACUGGUUGUUGACGGUGCGUGUGGACGAGAGGGCUACGAUAGAGGACGUGGCCAACCACUGGUGGGUGAACUGGGGUUUUGAAGAGAGUGUUUGUGACUGCCCUUCAUCUCCACACCAAGAAUGCCCCUCCCCACUGCUGGCUCGCUACAUCGACUGGCAGAAUAGGGUGGCAGCUACCAGCAACAUGACUGUUGACCCAGGGUGCCUAUCCUCAGACUCUUCCUGUCCACCUCAGCUCUCUCCCCACCCCUUUUACUUCAGCUUACCUCUGAAGAAUGACCGUGGAGCAGGAGGAGGAAGGGUACGCGGAGGAAUGUCAAGCCUCAGGAAGUCACGCAAGGAGAAUGCAAUUCCCCAGACUCCAGUGGGAGCUUGUGGUGGUGUUUGUGCAACAGCUGCCUCAUCUGCUGUGAUUUCUGCCACUUCCACCACUGAAAGAAAGAAACCUAAAGGUAUUUUGAAACCCCAGAGGAGUUUUGACUCAGUCUUUCACAGUCCUCCUAAGGAAAAGUCUCCCACCCAACCGUGUAACGCUGCUCCUCAGCCUUAUCGAACACACACACUUGCCCACACACAUGCUGAUGUCAUGUCCACUAGUCUGCCACCUCCUUCUACAUUCAGUCAGCCCUCAUCCAAAAUGCCAAAGAAGGGGAUACUAAAGAACUUGUAUGGAGGGGAGUCGGGUUAUGGCUCAUCCUCAGAAAGAAUUAUCUCUCGAGUGGGAGUUAAAGAGAGGGAUGCAAGUGAUUUGUGUUCCCACAAACAGCACACUUGUCUCCCAGCAGCAGAAGACAGCCCCACAAUGCGCACAGAGGCAGUAAGAAGACGGAAGGGUAUUCUGAAGCGUAAUGGCAAGUUCUCUCGCAGUCUGGAUCUUCCUGAUGACCACCACUCGUCUCCCUCUUCAGCCCCCACAAUAUUCCCAGAGGCCUUACAGCAGCUCCUCCAGGCAACAGGGGGCGCAGAGGGCCACCGCAGCCGCCCCUCCAGUGUGGUGAGCGAGGAUAGUCUCUUCUCCUCCGAUUCCUUUGACCUGCUAGACCUCAGCGCCCAAUCGCGCCGUAGGAUUUUCUCCCGGGGGAUGCAGCACAGUGCCUGCAGCUCUGAGGAGGACCUGGAGCCUCUUAGAGCUGAGGUGGACAGGGUUGGUGGAAACAGAGAAGGACAAAAGGAAAUGCUCACAUAAACCUAAGGAAUGACGGACAAAUCCAUGUGGUGAAAAAUUUGGGUGAACACCAGUUCUUUAAUUCACUUUUCUGUGAUAAUCACUGCCUGCCAUCUUGAAAAGACUUCACUGAACUCUGGAAAGGUUGCAUAUCGAGUAUGUGGACUGUGCAUUGUACUGUCAGUGUAAAGCACCAUUUUUUGGUAUAUUUGUCUAAACUGUAUUCAUUGACAUUUAAAUUAUGCGAGGCAGCACAUUGAGAGACAAGACAAGUGACACCUGAAGGGAAUCCAGUAUCUGCCAAAUUGCAGAGAUGGGACCUGAAUGUGGCAGAAUGGACAGUCCAUUUAAUAAACUCACUCUGACCUCACCCGCACAAUAUCCUUUUUAGAUUUUACUGCAGAUUUCUUUUCAGAUGUUUCUUGAAAAUCUAGAGUCUGGAUUCUGCAAUCUGGUAAAGUUAGCACUGCAGGUUUUUGGAAACCAUCUUGGGCAAUCUUGGAUAUGUGAUUCCAUGUUUGUGUCAACACUGACAUUAAGCUGGAAGAAAUGUAAGUGUGUUUCCAUCCACCUGCUUUUAUGGCCCGUUUUCCACAUAACCACAUAACAUAAACCUGGUGACAUUUUUUUACAUUUCGCUGAUGUGAAAAAGUUCCUCACAUUAAUUAUACACGACACAAACAUUGCCACAUUUCAAUCAUUGCUUUCCACCAUUUGAGGUUUGACUUGCACUCUUCUUCUGCAAUGGUUUUAAUGGCACCAGACUGGAGAAUUAGAAUUGUUUAGCUUGAUACACUCAACUCCUAAUAUUCACAUAAUGCUAGUUGAUGGAAACACAUUUUCUGGAAAUUCUGUUUAAAGUUUGUGCUAAUUUGGAUUGAAACCUGACUAAAGACAGUUCCAUUGUGAGGAUAAAUUCUGCUAAACUGAACUGAAAGUUCUUCACGGUAACACUUUAUUUUACCCUAUUUUAUGAGCUCUAUAUAAAUAUAUUAAUAAAUGGCUUAUAACUCACUUAAAUGUAGUUGUAGGUAUUUGUCAACAAUUAUAACUUCUGUAAAGACAUGUUAUAACAGCUGUUUUACUAUAUUUUCAUUAAUUUUCUCCAGCCUCCAAAUACUUACCACUCCAUUAUGAGUGGUAAGUAUUUAUUAAAUAUGUCAAUACAUGCUUAUAUCUGCUUACAACUACAAUUUAGUGUGCUAUGAACCAUUGAUUAAGUGGUUAUAUACUGCCUAUACAUGCUAAAUAUAGGGGAAGUUAAAGUAAAGUGUUACCUACUGUAUUGUAUCACAUGUUACUGAGUAUAUUUGUAUUACACAGUAAUGUACUGUGCACAAUUUGCUCCUUUGCACCAACAGACACAGUGUGAAUAGCAGAUGGAUCACAUUGCUUUUUACCGUGACACCACCAAUGCUGCUGUGGACAUUUAAAGAAGUGAUGUAUGCAGUAGAUGUAAUUUCUCUGUAAUUUAUUUUCAUACUGUGAGAAUUCUGUUAACUUUGUUCCAGCAUUUCAUACUUUUUUUUUGGAAAAUGUAAUAAAUUAUGUGAAACAAACUGAA